AUGGAAGGUGGAAGACAAUCUUACUUCUCCAUGCCUCUUGCUUCUAGGUUGGAUCGUUUGGAUUUCCUUAUGAAAUAUUUAGAAAGAAAACAAAACUUACAAACAUGGGAUAGAAAUAGUUUGGCCCUUGGACUCGAGAGACAAUGCGUACCAGUGGAUUUGGCAGUGAAGGAGGCUGACUCUAAAGGGUCACUGUUGGAUAGGGUGGCAGCUCUUGAACAUAGGCUUUUUCAGCUAUGCUUAGAGAAACAAUCUAGCAAUAUAUCAAGCUCUUCAUCACUCGCAUCAACACUAACACCUGGCUACACUUCUAGCCAAGGGUGCAAGGGGGAACCAUCUAACUCACUCCCAACUUUCAACAAUCACAUUCAUGGAGACAGACUCAUAUCCAAAGUCGGUUUCUAUCGGCAUGAAAUUCAGGGAAAACCUCAUAGAGUGCCAAAAAAUUUGAAGCAUGCAAGUCUUCCUAAGCAGCAUAUUGGGAACAGUAGGCCCACUAACACUAAGGAUGAGAAAGCAUGCAAAAGCCAGAAGAAGGGAAUAUCUCCAAAUUGGCCACGCUUAAAAAUGUUGGGAUGCUAA